GCAUGUUUUAGUCACCGAAGCUGUGGAAACCUGGUGGAAGCGAGUCAUGAUCGUGGGGAAUGAUUUCAAAUAAUUUUACGUUUAUUUUGUCCAUAGUCUAUCACUUUAUCAAACCAUAAUGUAUGCUAUUGUUAUUUUACUGCUGCUCCACUUCCACGAUACAUCUGCGGUGACUCACUCUCUGAAGAAUUUCUACACUGCGUCUUCUGGAGUCCCAAACUUCCCAGAGUUUGUGGUUGUUGGAUUGGUUGAUGGCGUUGAGAUAACUCACUAUGACAGUAACACCUGGAGAACAGAACCCAAACAGGACUGGAUGAGCAGAGUCACAGAAAAGGAUCCUCACUACUGGCACACGCAGACUGAGAUCUUGAAGGGUCACCAGCAGACCUUCAAAGCCAACAUUGAAGUUGCAAAGCAGCGCUUCAACCAAACUGGAGGUUCUCACAUUGCCCAGUGGAUGUACGGCUGUGAGUGGGACAAUGAGACUGAAGAGGUUAAUGGAUUUAUGCAGUCUGGUUAUGAUGGAGAAGACUUCAUAUCAUUUGACCUGAAGACAGAGUCAUGGAUCGCUCCACAACAACAGGCUGUCAUCACCAAACACAAGUUUGAUCAUAACGACGCUCAGACAGCACAGUAUAAACACUACCUGACCCAGGAGUGUCCUGAGUGGGGGAAGAAGUAUGUGGACUAUGGGAGGAGCUCUUUGCUGAGAAGAGAUCUUCCCUCAGUGUCUCUCCUCCAGAAGUCUCCCUCCUCUCCAGUCAGCUGCCACGCUACAGGUUUCUACCCUGACAGAGCCAUGAUGUUCUGGAGGAAAGAUGGAGAGGAGCUUCAUGAGGACGUGGACCUCGGAGAGAUCCUCCCCAACCACGAUGGAUCCUUCCAGAUGAGUGUUGACCUGGACCUUUCAUCAGUCCCAGCUGGAGACUGGAGGAGGUACGACUGUGUGUUUCAGCUCGCUGGUAUGAAGAAAGACAUCAUCACCAGACUGUACAAAGCAGAGAUCAGGACAAACAGAGAGAAGCCCACUGAUGUGACCAUCAUAAUGAUCUCUGCUGCAGUGGCAGUGGUUGUUCUCAUUCUCGUCCUCAUCGCUGUGAUUGGAUUCAUCAUUUACAAAAAGAAGAAUGACAAAUUUGCUCAACCGUCUAAAUCCUAUCAACAAGACAAGAAGACUUCACCUGACAUUCCUCGUACAAGAACAUUGAGCAACACAGAGUCAGAGGAUUCUUCAAGUGCUUCUUCUACAGUAAACAGCUACACAGAAUUGCUCAAAAGUGGCCAGUGAAAGUGUGAAGAGGAGCAUGAAGUCCACUUUGUAAGAAAUUGGCAACAUCAACAAAGUUUCUACACGAUCUGUAAUCCAUACAGAAGGGCCACCUCACCAGCAAAAUGGACGGAAUUUCACUUAUUUUAUGUGGUUAAAAAAAGUGCAGUGCAGUGAGGUUUUAAAGCUACAAUAAUCCAUAUUUGUGUGGCAAAAACGUAUCAAAUGACAAUGUGUAAUGUGAAAGGUGUUACCUUUCACAUUACACAUUGUCACCAAGAAUUAACAUCAGUUCAUGUUUAUGGAUAAAUUCUGAACCGGAAAAAGGAGUGGUGCCACCACAUUCAAAAUUCGCAAAGUGACAGAUUUGGGGUUGGGAAUUUAAUAGUAGAGGCUCAUCGAUUGGAAUACAGAGAAAACAAAUGUGAAAAAUGAGUUGACAAAUACAAAUCACAAAUAUUCCAGAACAUCAAGUGAGGAUGAUUAUUUUUAAAGAGAAGUAAAACAUGAUAAUAAAAACAAUGAAAGCAUCACAGCACUCAUCCUACAUACAUAAUAAAGAAUUGUGUGUUCAUCUAAAAUAAUCCACCAUAGUUACAGUUUGAUACUUCAGCUGUCAGGCUUUUCUGGUUCAAUCAAUAUUGAUAACACAAAUGCAAAUAUACACAUAUGGAAACACAAAUGUACACGCACAUACAUUCCAUCUCCAUACAUCCACUCUUAGGGUGUGGCAGCGAUAUGAUGAUAUAUAAACCUUGAGAUAACAGAUAUUUGUAGAGUUUUCUUUACUAUUUCUAGUGAGAAAGUCAUCCUUUGGUUCUCUGGUUGGGUCAGAUCACCGGGGGCAACACUGCAAACAGAACACUAAAUUUCUCACCCCUCUGCGCACACACACACACACACACACACACACACA